GAUUCGCCAUUCAAUAUGGCGACACCCAUCAGUUAAACAGGUGUUAAAAGUAAAUCAUGGCACAAAAUCUAGUACAAUACAUUGUUGUGCGUAAAGAUUUGUUAAAAUCGGGAUGGCCUACAGGUGCUCUGAUUACACAGGCCUGUCACGCCUGUGUUGCUGUCAUACACCAGUUCUACGAUAAAGAAGACACACAGAAGUACCUUGGCGAUGUGGAUAGAAUGCACAAAGUUACAUUGGAGGCAACAGAUGAAGAAAGUAUCGUAAAACUUUCAGAGACAUUGUCAAGUACAGGAAUUGAUCAUAAGUUGUGGAUUGAACAACCAGAAAACAUACCAACAUGCAUAGCAACUAGACCUUACGUAAAGGAAAACAUUCAAGAAAAUUUUAAAAAGUUCAAAUUAUUUAAAGCAUGAUUAACUAUACAUGUGUCUUAUGCAUCAAGAUCUGAUGGUUAAACAAGAAAAUUUAAGUUACAACUUAAAUGUCUGAAUAUGUUUUACGAGUAGAUGAUUUGAUUUCCUUUAUAUUAAAGUAAAUACAUGUAGUAUUACUGAUAACUGUCAAGUGCUUGCAAGUUGUUACUAGUAAUCAUACUCCUUGAUUAACUAAGUAAUACAUGUAUGUCUAGAUACAAAAUAAAGAUGCAUUUAAAUCA